CUAUUAUUGAAGUUUCUUUUGACCUUUGGCAACUUGUUAGGAAGUACGACACUUUUACUUUGCCAUUUUGUUGAAAAAUAUUCUGUUUCUUAUUGUCCUUUUGGCUUAUUGUUCAUAAAUCUUAUGAACACUUUCAGUUUUCAUGGAUAUACAAUCUUUACGUUUAUGAUUUUUAUGCGUUCGUUCUAUUAAAAGGGUGUUUAAAUUGCAACCGCAUAAGCAUUACUUUUUCUAUCCACAUAUAUUUUUUUGUUUUUUUAAAGUUCAUCUAUUCACAACAUGGCUUCCUUCACGCCUUUAAAUGCAGCAGGUGAAGACCUAGAUAAAGAAAAGCGCACGUUAGAAAUUCGGAUAGAAGAAGCGCUUCAAAUUUAUCAAAAUGCCCUGCUUGCACAAAAAGAGAACGACUGGGAUCUCGCUUCCAAGAACUAUGAAGAACUGCUCAAUCUCCGGCUUCUCCGUAAACCCGAUGUUUCCCAUCUAUCACGAAAGCCUAAAAACAAUGCUCUUUUACUCCUACAUUACCUUGUUCGAAAAAAUCAUGGCGAGUUUCUCUUCUCCAGUGCCCUUUCCAAAAAGUAUCCAUUUUCCUCUGAGGCAGACGUUAUUAGUUUAUGUCGCCAAGCUAUAAACGAUUUUUCCAUUGCUCUUGCUUGCGAUCCCAAUGAUAUUGAUUUAUGGACAAAAGUUGCUGAGCUUGCAGAAAAAUUACAUCUCUCAAGAGUUUUGAGAUUUGCGCUCGAGUCCUCCUUAUACACGGGAUAUGAGUCUUUUGAUCCCGCAUUAUCUUUAAUGAAACCGGAUGAGCUAAACCCUGGAAAACUAGCAUCUUUACAAAAGCUGUGCUCAAUAUUGAAACGAUUUCAUGUCCAACGUAAUGAUAUUCCUAAGCUUGACUUUUUUACGCUGACUAUGUAUACACUUCCCCCUCAUUUCCCUUUCAUACCAACUGUCCCUUCUAGUCGUCGUUCUCUUGAUAUUUCCGCCAAAGUGAAAGCCAUUUCUCUUCCAGAAGAAUCUUUGCAUGGGAUUCUAGAUUUAAUACUUAAUCUGCUGCGGCUUGUAGAAAAACGUUUGCCUUCUUAUGCUACCCCUUCUACAACCAUAUUCCUUAUAAACGCCCCUAAUUUAGCAUCACUAGACGACGACUUAGAUUCUACUGAUUCGGAACUAUGGCCUGAAUCAUCCGAAAAUGUUGUUACUGAAGAUUUAAUAUACAGACUUUUUACUAAACAGGAUCCUAUUUAUGCUAAUGACAUUGUUCCUCCUCCUUUACCAUCGGCAACUUCAAAAAGCCCUAAGAGACCAGCCGAUGAUUCAGAAGUUAGGAGUAGUAAACGUUCACGCGGUCGUGAACCUCGUGCUUCAUCAGAAACGAAUCUUUUCCUAUCCAUAUUCAAUAUACUUGAAGACAUAAAAGCUUCAAUGACAACCGGAAGUUCAGCGCAAACAGAGUCCUUUACUUUCGAUGGCAUCUUUGAUCCUUACAAAGAUCUCUUUGAUGAUUAUCGACAAUUACUUAUUAACUUUCCAAGUCAGGACAAUGUCAGUGAUACCAGCAUAACUGACAUGUCUGCAAACGGCGCUUUCUCUCAGAUGAUGCUAUUUGACUUAGCAAUGCAAAGUUCUCACAGAUUAGAACACAUGGAGACCUCAAGAGAUUUUUUAGCUAAAUUGAUUUUCAAUAUCAACAGCAGGAGAAUGGUCCCAUCUGAAAUCGCAGCUUUUUUCGUCCGCGUGAUGUUAGAACCCGUAGACGAUGAAGUUGGAGUUCCUUUGUACAUGCGGCAAUGUUGGGGUAAAGGUUUCAAAUCUAAGCUGACAGAAACCGCUAUUAAAGUAGAAGACUUGUUAUAUUCCGUUGUUAAACAAAGUAUAGGAGACAAUCAUACAUUACCAUGUGCUCAAUCACUUUUCGAAAUCUUUUUAGAUGAUUACUUUCAAGAAUUAAAAAUAAACGCGAAGAAUGAGAUUGCACGGAACGAAAAUUCUACUAUCAAUCUUGAAAGUAAGAAAAGAAGGUGCAUACGUUGGAAGUUACUGAGUGGUGAAGUUUUGUGUUUCCAUUCUGAAUAUAAUUCCACCGAACCCUUCAUCCAGUUGAAAAUCAGGUUCGAAUGGGCCCGUAAUCUACUAUUAAGAUUGUUAGGAUCUCCUAAUGAUUCCAUUGUCGAAACUUUCUUGAAGAUAAAAAGUAUUCUCAUACAAAAUCAUAUCUCCUUUGAACUUUUGAACAGCCAUUGCAUGCCUGACAUAAACAUUGAUGUGAUCGAUUUUGAAUUAUCAAAAUUACAAACUAUUGAAUUCUUUAACAUACUCUUUGUAAAUACGAAGUUACUCGAUUACAACGCAGUAAUAGAGAACUUGGAGCCAGUUUUGCUAUUUGAAAAUUCUGUUUCAAAUGACAACCAGUCGUAUUUAAUAUCCCAGUUUUUAGUAAAGACUUCCACGGAGUUCCAAAUUCAUCUUUGGGGCUUACUUAGAGAAGCGUUCAAUUCAGCUAAUCGGCCUUAUGAAUCUAUAUUAUGCUCUUUUUAUCCAUUAAGACUUGUUCUUAAACGACUUUGUUCUGUGCCUUUCAGUACCCAAAAUGUCGACCGCCGAAAGGCUGAAUUACUUGGAAUGCUGAAAUUAAUUUCUAACCUUUUGCAAUCGAUAUGGCAUGUCAUUUGGAAAAACCCCGAAUUGUUAAGCGGACUUUCCUUUAAAGUCACUCUUGACAAUAUAAAAGUCAUCAUCAUUUAUCUGAAGCUUUUCUCCGUAUUUGCUGGAAUAGAUGAUGAUAUAGCUGAUGAUAGAAUUCCAAAACCAGCAAGUCUUGACUUUGAUUCGUAUGGUCAAGAUGUCAAAGAUACUAUAAUAAGUUCGUGGUGUAUAUUUUACAAGCUCUGUACGAGAUUGUUGCAGGAUUCAACUGUAAAAUUCGAACCUAAAAAAGUGCUACCUAAUAUUCUAACUCUAAUUCAUUCACAGUUCUCAUUUCGGGGUUAUUGCGGUUUUGCGGGUGGCUCUUUUUUGGAGUUAUCCCAGACAGAAUGUCUGAAAUUGGAUCUAUGGGAAAACGAAAAUGAAAUACUUCAGUGCGUGUUUUGCCGUUUUGGCCUGAUGAUUGGUAGCGAAUACUAUCUUCCUCAAGACCACCAGACUCAUAAGAGAGACUUCUCUCGUGAAGACGCCAUUGCUUUGGUACCUUUUGUUUUAGGUUUUGCCGUAAAGCGUUCCCAUGGUUGGAUUAUGCCCCGAUCGGAUCAAAAGCAUGCAUUUGAAACAAUAUGCGACAAAAUUGGGCCUCCUAAUGAAGAGGUUAUUGAUAUAUAUUUUAACAAGUCUUCUAUAAACAAUUAUUUGGAAACAGAUAUCACUGCGAAACAUGUGAAAUUCUCGUUAAUCGGUCGGAAUUUAUUAAAAUUACAAGAAGUGUCGUCCAAGCAUGUUAAUGAUACACUUCGUAACAUGUACUAUUCUCAAGCUCAAGUAUUGCUUGGUUAUUACAGAGCGAGACUAAAGGGUACCAGGUGCAUAAAGGAAUUGAACAAGGCAGUUACUUAUGCUCUCAUGGAUUUGUAUAUAAAUCCUUUCCGGCAGGAUUCAUGGUAUACUUCUGCAGUGCUUUAUUUAGCUUUGGCUGAUGAAGAACUAUCUUGGAGUGCGGAUUUGAUUGGAAUGGAUGAAGAACAAAUUACAGAUUAUCAAAGAAAGGGUUUACUUUGCUUUUUUAUGGCUGUUUCGUUGGAUCCUAUUGCAGAUGACUCUUAUAAAUCGCAAUUGUACUUCGAUUAUGGAGCGUGCUUUUACUCAAUUGCCCGUCCUCCUCUGGAAAUGAGUGCUUUUCAUUCCUUAGAGAGUCGAGUCAUUAGUGGUAGCUCGGGAUUGUUCAGCGUGCCUUUAAAAGCUGUUACUUCAAAACAAGCUAUAGCGAUUGCUGCUGACUUCUUCUCAAAGUCGUUCAGUUUGAAGAAAGAUUGGAAAGUUGCGAUUAUGUUAGCUAAGUCAUUACGUAAAUUGGGAGAUAUGGCUACUGCUCUAGAGUACUUUGAGGAAGCUACCAAGGUUGCACCUAAAAAGGGAGGAAGUGGCUCUCAGCAAACAUUGCUUUUAGAACCUCAUUAUGCAUUGCUUUCCAAUCUGAGUAAAGCUGUUAUUGAAAAUCUUAUUCCUACUAAGGUUGUAUUCCAAUAUCUUACGAGAAUACAAUUUCCACCUAAAAAUAAUUCAGAAUUCGUAGCUGCAUAUGAACAUACGGAUAAUUUGGAUUCCCGUUUGGUACUAAAUCAAAUUCUUUCAGCAAUUCAAGAGCUACGUUCCGUUGACAAACAAUCAUGGCAGCAUCGACCAACAUAUAGAAUAGCUAAGUUAUUGGACUAUCUAGAGCAAUUCGAAGAGGCUAAAAAGGAAAUGGAAAAGCUUAUAUCGUUCAAGUCGUCAGGAAAGUCUUUGGUAAAUAUUUGGAGGACCUAUUAUGAGCGGCCAGGCCGAUAUUUCUAUUAUGGUACCGUCUAUAGUAAGUUUUUCAUUUCAUUACUUUACAAAACAAAUGAUGAUGCGAAUUUACUACAGUUUAUGAGGCGGUUUAGAAGGUCCUCUCCUUCAAUAUAUGAUCAUCGAAACAUCUGGCUUGAUAUUAUGAACAAAUAUAUUAAUGACUUACGUGACAGUCACUCGAUCGUUGAACUUAAAGAAGAGCAAAGAGAGUUAAUGCCGAUCAGUGAGUUUAAUGUCAUUUACGAAAAAGUUUUGAAUCUUGGUGAGCAGCAGUUGUCAUUACUGAUGCAAGUAUACGAACUACGAAAAUUGAACAAUGGUCUGUAUCCUACAACAAAGCUAGAUGAUUUCUUAAUAGAUUGCUUUAUCAAUCUUUAUGGAAAAACUUCGUCGACAACUUUGUCUUCAGAUCCUAAUUUCGUGAGAAGUUUAGAUGAGAAGAACUCAACGCAAGCGCAUGAAGGGUCAGCGAAAAACAAAACUAUAAACAUUACUCGAAAAGAAAUUAUAUCAAAAAUUAUUCAUGUGUGUCGUCCGUCCAAAGAUUCAAGUAACCGUGAGCUCGCAUCAAAGCCAUCGCAAGCUUCUUUGUCGAAUACUUCGUCUAUUGUUGAUACAGGUUCCGAUAAUGAACAAGAAACAGAGGGAAAAUUGGAUAAAGAAGGAUAAAGUUUGUAAAAAUUUCUAGUUAGUUAUAUAACGUAUCCUUUCAACAUUGAAAAUAAUUGAAAUA